UGGCAAUAUUCUUAUUGGACAGAUAAUAUUCCAGCAAUUGCAGAUUUAGGAAUAAGCAAACCAAUAGAUGCAUCGUCAAAUGAAAUUGCAAUCUUUGAAGUUAUUCCAUAUGUCGCACCAGAAGACAUUUAUAGUUUUG